AUGAGUUCUGACAAUACAAAUCAGCUGAAGCCCAAAUUCGAUGAAAUACCUAGCAUCCAUUUACCAGACACCGCCUUUCUCAUCAUAUUUGGAGAGUUGACGAAGGCUGAUCUCAAAUCUGCGCGUCUGGUCGAGAAGCGCUGGAACGGGUUGGUCAAACCAUCGUUGCUGUAUGACAGACCUACCUUGGGAGAUGGGAAGACAACUCUGAGUCACUUCGAAGCCAUCGCCUCUCAUCCCGUCUACUCAAACGUGGUCACGGAAGCUACCGUCGAGCUAGGGUUCGAGUAUGACAUUUGGGAUGGAACGACCGUGGAAAACCGCCGAGGUCCCACUUUCGACAGACUCGUUCAGUCCCUGGAACGAUUCCAUAAGCUCAAGACGUUCAAGCUUAUUGUCAAACACGACUAUCCCGAAGAUAGGGAUUUCGAUCACGGCACAUAUGAAAGUGCGCCGGUCUCGGAGGCACUAAAGGCGCUCAAGAACCCCAUGUGUGUCACAGUGGAACAUUGGAACUGGGCAGAUAACUCGUGGUCACUAAGCGAAGACUUUGGUGAUAAUUUUGACUGGCCUAGUCUAACCUCAUUGACAUUGUCUGGCCUCACUGUACCUAAUGAGCGGGUGUUCCUCGAAUGUUUAGCACCUUUCAAGUCCUCCCUCUGCGAGCUCCAUAUCCGCAACUUCAACAUUGUCGACCACAAUGACGUCUGGGAGUCCGGGAAAUGGGAGCUGAUAUUGAAGGCACUGCGCGACGACUAUACUCUGAACUCCUUUACCAUAGACGGAUUCUAUGCUGACCAGGAUCUGGGAGACGGGCCACAAUGUGGGAGAUGGCAAGUUUACAAGCCCCACGACGGUAGUUAUGAUCUCGCAAACUUCGGUCCGAUACUGGAUAUUGAAAAGAUCCAGGAACUUAUAGCUGCUUGGGUGCUUGGUGGGGAAGGUAAUCCCUUUCAGCUAUAUAUGAUGCCAUCUGAUUAA